AUGCCGCCAGCACAACGCAGAGCCGAUCGCUCGCGCAUGUACAACCUCGCCGGCCACGCCCACUCGUCCGGCUCGCUGCUGCCCCGGUCGACCGACGUGCAUGCCGCCUCCGCCUCAGCAGGGCCGUCGUCGACUCAACCACCUAGGGGCGUAGAUGCAGCCGAUGCGCCCUACCUCACCAACCUCGAGUCGCACUUUGGCAGGGUCACUCUUACCGCACCGGACAACUUGCUGCGAAAGCAGGCCAAGGAGAAGAAGCAAAAGGUGCGACAACGAAAGGCGCAGAAUGCACAUGCGGCUGCGGCGGCUCUCGCUGCACCCUCACACGCCGCACUCUCGCCCAACACCCCUCGCAAUGCCGGCGUCUCCACCGGCCUGCUCGACCCAGGGCGUCGGUAUCAGGCCGCACUCGACGAUGCGGCGGCGGCGGGGAGUGGAUUGCUGCUGUCAGCUCCGGGUCAGCAGGGUGUCAUGCGUCGUGCGCACAGCGGCAACCAAACCCCGACCUUGGCUUCGACCUCGUAUCUCCAGACACCUCCGGCCUCUAGUGCACAGACGACAGCGACUAGGGUGCGGAGACGCAGACAGUCGAUCGCACGCGACGAUGCUAGCAGACCUGCUUCCAGAGCAAGCGCAACCAGUCGACCCGACAGCGCACUUUCGUUCAACGACGAUGAGAAUGCACAGCCUGACCCGGGCUCUGCGCAGACUCGGGAUGCCCCCCGUCGCUCCCGCACCGAGAGUGCACCCGCAGCUCAGCGUCGAUCUCAGAACGCAUUUGCAACGCCAACCGACACUGCGCCCAACGGUCCGUCACGCCCACAUCCGCCGCAGCCUGCACUGCAACAGUCUCUGCACCGCCAAAAUGUAUGGAACGACAUUACCGAGGACGAUCCAGAUGACCUCCCGCCGCCUUUUCCGGAGGGAGCCCCUCGACCACCUACGCCUCCACAGCCACCGUCGCAUUCGGAAGCGGCUGCAGAUGCGCAGCUCAUCGCCCCGCAGCCACACACUCGCAUUCCUGACAGCCCGCCACCACCCUUUGUGAGCGACGAUGAAGACGAACCGUUGGUCGGUGGGGCAGCAACAACACAAGAGCAAACGGGGGAAAGGCCGCGCAGUCGGGCCUCGACGACAAGCUCGGCUUCAGCAAGCGGGGACGAGAGUGUCGAGCUCACCGAAGAGCGUAGGGCGUGGGAGUCGGAUCUACGCAACGGCCUCAGCUUCGACGUGAGACUGCUCAGGGAACAGCAGCGUCGUGUGGCACGCGAACGCGCGGCGGUGUUCCAAGCGCGCGAGCAGCAGCAGUCCGCCCGUAUCGAGGAGGAUGCCGCGACUUCGGAGGCUGAGGUCACGGCAGACGGCGCCGGCUCGGAAGUCGAAGCCCAGCCAGAAGCGCCGGCACAGAGUGCGCAGCAAGAACCGGUCAGCGCGGUAAGGCCUGUCUCGCCGCAGGUGCCGUCGGACGCUGCUGCUGAAGCUCAAGCAAGUCCUGAUCGGCUGCACGACGCCUUCCAGGACGACCCAAGUGCGCAGGCUGAAGAAGCACCCGCUGUCGAAUCACCAGUGCCGCCAGCUCGCCAGCUGCCAAGCGCCUCUGUCGCAGCAGAGGCCCGUCCAGCAGUGCAGGCUGCGACGGCGAACGACAUUGCCGACAUCAGUGGCCGUCUGUCGCUGUCCAACGAGCCUCGUCUUGGCCUGCCGCAGAUGCCGCAGAUUCCGCAAAUUCCACAACCUCCAGCCUCUCCGAUCUCAAACGGCCAGGAUGCUAUCCGUUCUCCUCGCUCGAGCCACAUCUUGGGCCACAGGAAGACCAAUUCCGAUACGCCGAACGCGGGAAGCUCAAGAGCCGACAACGCGCGCUCCCACGUAGGUGUUCGCGCAUCGGUUGGAGGCGCACCUGGGCGUCGAAUCGAGCUGGCACAUGCGGCAAGAACACACGGUAGCGACUCGCACCUUCCUCUGAGCCGGCGGCCGGAAGAUACGCUGUUUGUCAUUUCAGCUCCGCCGCCGGCUGUUCACGCGCGCGCUGCGAGUGGGGACGAGGCGAACACAUCGUGCGUUGCUCAAGUCGACGACACCGCCGUGCCCGUCCGCGACGUCGAGGAGGUCUCGUCGCACGACGAGGACGAUGGUGCCGAGUCCGACUCUUCGAUCGAGCAGUGGCUUGCCGAGGCAGCGGCGUUUGAUGCGCUGCGCAAGCGCGAAGAUGAGGCUGCCGCGCGUGUGCAGCAGCUGCGCGAGCACGUGUCGGAGAGCAGCGAGAGCGAGCAAGACAUGCCUGGCGCAUUCAAUGUCCGACCGUCCCGACGCACCGGAAGCAAGGUACCCGACCCGGAGAGGCUCAAGCUCAUGGACGAGGUGCUGCCAAAGGCUCCGCCUCCGCUCGUGCUCGGUAGGUCCAGAGGCGGCGCUGCGUUCUCGGAUUCAGACUCGACCGAUACCGACGAUGCGCUCGAUCAGUACUCGUCGAGCGACGAGGAUGAUGACCAGCACCGCGCGUUUAGAGAUGCCGCGGCGGGAGGAGAGGCGGAUGCAUUCGCGGAUGCUCAUAGCUCGGUGCAUGCGCGGAAUAGCUCCUCGGCACCGAAUUUGUCUAUACUCGACGAGGCGGCUGGGCCCGAUCUACUGCCCGGUGCAAAGGUGGUGGACGGUCCAGAACGAAAACUCAGCGUCAAGGCUAGAGGCAAGCUGCCUGAACGCCCCGAGCCUCCAUCGCCAGCAAAUAGCGCUGCAGGCCCACCGCACAAGCAUGACGUGCCCGAGACAAGGGCCGGCGAGUUUCAAGAAGACUCGUCGAGCAGUCGCGACGUGUCGGAUGCAGACGAGAUGGCACCGGUGCCACGAGCCGAUUUCAACGCUGCUCGUGGAAGGAUUGAGGCAGCGCCACUCGCAAGCCGAUCGGGCAUGGAGCCGCUGCUGCAGCCGCUGGGGUAUGGGCGCAGCAGACCGGAUGUCGGCGGUCGUCUCAAGGGCCUAUUUGGCCAGCCGCUGGUGGCGAGCGCUGAUGCCGCGGUAAUGACUGCGGUCGAGGGUCCGCGACCGAUGAACGGCUCGCGUCGCGCCUCCAACAGGAGCGUCAAAGAGCAAGACGCGGUGGCUGCGGAAAGUGAGAGUGCGCCAGCGAUGGCCCCAUCGAUGCGUCGGCAGUCGAGCGGUGGCGCACGCAAGGUAUCCUCAACGCAGACGCCCGAGCAAAAGGCGCGCGAUGAAGCACUCGCGCAGAUCGCACAGGUCAGCGGCGCGCAGGCGAAGCACGACUCGCUCGCGGCUCUCGAGCGGCUUCUCGCCAAGACGGGACGUCCCACCUCAAUGCUGCCCCCCAGCGCUAUGAGUCGUGCAGAGCUCGGCGGACGGCUGCAGCCUCCCUCAGGCAGCGGGGAGUCGGACGCACCAUCAGCCGGGGAGAAGAGCGAGGCUCCACCUGCGCCGCCGGCUAGGAGUAGGUUGUCGCGCCAGGGCGCUGUGCGUGGUCGAGUGGAAAGUGUGGUGCCCUCGCAGGGGUUGUCGCGCGCGCCGUCGACUGCUCGACCGGUGUCGUUUGUCAACCCGCGCUCGUCAGCGGCGCCACUACCACGCGGUAGGCUGCCGGCGAUCACGGAUGCGACGCGCCACUUUCCGCCGUCGGCCAGCACGGGGCCGGGGGUGACGCCGUCGUGGCUGGCGUACAUCCCGUCCGAGGAGCAGGAGAGGCUGCCCGCGCCGCUGGAACCGCUCAGGGUCGGACGCGUCUCCGAGAUGGUAUCGCGCUUCGAAGCGACCCCUUCCACCGAUCAGGACAAGCCGACGUCUCCCACCAAGCGUGCAGCCGCGUCGUUCGGUAGCCCGCAGAGUGGGGACAUGGAUGCGCUGGCGCGGCAGAUCGACGAGGCAGCUUCGGCGUGGACGCAAACGCACCUUGCUGUGCCCGAAUCGAGCGGUUUGAUUCGCUCGCCGCGCACCGUGGCAAUGGACACGCUCACGGGCCGAGACGCGCCGAGCCUGCCGCCCAAAUCGCCGCUCAUGACGCAGGAGCACAUCGUGGCAGCCGCGAGCAGGAACGGUCUUUCCGCAUCGAUCGCUGCAGCCCAGGCGGCGUCGUGGGCGCGCAGGGAGAGGAACAGCGAGGCGGGGAGGCCACUGCCGAUGCUGCCGCCGUCGGUGAGGGGGCAGGGGCUCGGGAUUGAGAGUGUGCACAGAGGGCUGCCAAUGCCCCCGCCCCUGCCUACACGUCCGCCACGCGAAAGGUGGAUGGAAGAGACGGAUGCAAAGCUACUGACGGGCGGAACGACCGCAAGCUCAGACAGCUCAACGGAGCCGGCUCGACUCACUGCCCGCGCGAGCGCUUCGCAGCAGCAAGGCAAUUCGGGCGGCACCGUGACGAGGCGAUCUCAGAACCGGGAUGGCGGCUCGUCGGAAGUCGAAGAGAGGGCAUCGAUGCAGUCGCGAGGUUCGACGCCGGCGUACGGCGGAGAAAGGACCAGCUCAACAGCCAGCACAGCGACCUAUGCACAAGGCAACGGUUCGAACUCGCAGCGUCGACCGGACAGCUCAGGCUCUGCUCAGCAAUGGGCUAACGGCUCCAGCUCGGGUGGCCAACGUCGACGCGACAGCUCGGGCGAUGCGCAGUGGGCAAAGGCGUCGAGCGCAGCUGGUCAUGCAAGCGUGUAUUUGGGUGCACAUGGAGGCGACUCGGAAGCGAAGCAAGGCUCCGCUUCAACCACACCUCGAACAUGGGCCGACAGCUCAGGCCCUGCUGCGCCGUGGGGUGACGCUUCAACUCGGGCACCUCUAUGGACCAACAGCGCAGGCUCGGCGGGUCAAGGCGCAAACAGCCUAGAUGUGCACCAGGCGGCGGACUCUCCAGCUGCUCAGAUGCAUCCCAGCAGCUCAGCUGCGUUGGCGAGGUCACGGGCCAUUGGCUCGUCUGCAACUGCUCAGGCUCGGACGAACAACUCCACCUCGGCGAAUCAGUCGCAGACCUUCGGUUCGACGACAGCGGCUCAAGAACGCGCCAACGCGGCGUCGAGCUCAUCUCGACCAUGGGCCAAUAGCUUGAGCUCGGCGGGUCAAGGUGCGCCCGACAGCUCGAUGCCAGCUGCUCAAGCGCAGGCGGUCGGCUCGAUCCCUGCUGCUCAGCGUGGAGACAGCUCAGGUCGAGAUAGCUGGACCCAAUCCAGCUCGCCUGGACCCUUGGUGCAGGGCAACAGCUCGGACUCUACUUGUCCAUCGCAGGUUGCUUCGGCCUCGACACCAUCCGUCGACUCGACACUGUCUCGUCGCUUGCCUACGAGGGAAGGCUCUCUGGGCCUGACGGACUUUGACCUGCUGGUAGCGCAACUGGAGCGGGAGGGUGCGCACUAUGAGCAGCUUUCUGCGAUUGGGGAAUUUCUGGGGCCUGCGAAACCGACUGGAGCGACGGCGGCGGAGCUAGGAUCGCUGUCGGUGGGGCGGAUCGAGUGCGAUGCGCGCCGCGUGACGCGCGAGGGCAAGGUCAAGCAGAAGCUGAGCUGCGUGGGUGUGCGCGUGGACAAGUGCACGAUCUGCAUGGCCCAGUUCAGGGAGGAUCAGAAGGCGGUGAUUCUGCCGUGUGUGCAUGUCUUUCACCAAGAGUGUGCAGUCGCGCUGCUCAAGACGGCCAAUACCUGCCCCACCUGUCGCCAGCCAGCUUUCUAA